CCCCUGAGUUUAGUUUAAAGCAUCCCGUGUUGACCAAGAUGCUCUGCACAAGUCAGCAGCUUCAUCUCCAGCACACACACAGAGUCAUCCUCCAUCCUCCAGCAGGUCCGUGCAGCUGCAGCCAGCAUGUCAAACUCGGACAGGGUUGUGUUAGCUCUUGGAGGAGCCGGCACAGUGGGCUCUGGGAUAGUUAAAGCACUGCUCGACAAAGGUUUCAAAGUCGCAGUGAUCUCCAGGGACAGCAGCCGGCUGGAGAGGCUCCAGUCAUUUGUCUCUCCCAACACAAAGGAUAACCUCACCACUAUAGUGGGGAAUGUAGGGUCAGAGGAGGGAGCAGAGCAGGCAAAACAGGCCCUGCUGAAGGCGGUGGGAAAGGUGACAGACAUUGUCUCCUCUCUGGGCUUCAGUUGGUGGCAGGGAGGACCGCCACACACCCAGUCUCUCAAAGACCUACACUGGGUAAUUGAGACGUUACUUUUCAGUACAUUUGUGUCAUGGAAGGCCUUCUUUCCCUUGGUGAGGGACAACCCCAACUGUACCUACACCUUCAUAACAGGAGGAGCAGGUGAGAAGUUGCUGAUGCCUGGUACCGGCUUCUUGACAGUAGGAGCUGCCAGCACCCUGGCCUUCUGCCAGGUACUACGAGAGGAGUAUCCUGAGGUGCCCUGCAAACUCAACCAGGUGAAGAUCGACACAGGUGUGGCCACUCCAGAGCGCAUGGCACCUGGUUACCUGAACCACCUGGACCUGGGUGAGGCUGUUGCCGCCCUUGUGGAAAGACGAAACACCUCCCACACUGUCUUCACUGUCAACUGUCCCGCAGACUUAAAAACUGUCCUUCUGGACAAGAACCUGUAGACUUGCAAACCCUUUCUCCAGCCCUGCCUUGUUGUCACAGGGACACAUCUACACGUCUUCUGCUUCUGCUCUUGCUGAACUCUCCAGAAACACAUUUACAGUGUCUUUUUGUUUGUUUUCUUCUCCCACACCUCUGAACUCCAUCCAUGCAUUCAUGUGAAUUGUCAGUUGUUUCAACUAAUACUGUACUGUAUAUUCAGCUGCCUGUUUUGCAAUUGCAAGUGUUUGCAAUUGUUUUCUCUGCACGUGCUGUUGUGUGAUAUGUUUAUAAAAAUACACAGGAUUUGUAAUAUUCACCUUCACAUUGUUGCAUGUUUCUGUACAAAUACUAUCACGCAGUUCUGUUCUUUCUUCUACAUUGUUGGAAGACAUGAUAUCCAAUAUAAUGAUACCAGUUCUCCAUGAAUUUGCUAAAUAUACAAGGUAUACAACUCGACUUCUUAAGGCCAAACUAUUGGAAGAAGCAGGUUAAGACAGGGUGGAGGGGGUUCGAAUUCCCUG